AUAUCUAUAUGUUUUCAACUCGGUCAUUUUGAUUGUGCAAAUUAUCGUAAACCAUUUAUAAAAGUCAUCUUUUUAAUUUGGCGCUAUUGCGUUUAUUUUUGUUUUUCUUAUUGUUUGAAACCAUAUAAAGCGAUAAUAUGCUUCGAAAGAUUAUUAAUCCAUCAGUUUUGCACAAUGCUUCCAAGUAUUUCUCAACAACUGCAGUUUCUAAAAAUUAUAACUUUCAACUCAAUGAUACACAGAAAGAAUUUUUAGAGUUAUCACAAAAGUUUACUAAAGAGGAAAUUAUACCAGUAGCAGCCCAUUAUGAUCGUACUGGAGAGUACCCAUGGCCUGUUAUAAAAAAAGCAUGGUCUCUUGGACUUCUUAAUCAUCACAUUCCACAAAGUUUAGGUGGACUUGAGUUUGGUAUUUUUGAUGGUUGUGUGGUAAGCGAAGCUUUAGCUUAUGGUUGUACCGGUAUUAAAACAGCCUUAGAAGGAUCUGGUUUGGGGCAAACACCUGUUAUACUUGCUGGAAAUAAAGAACAACAAAAAAAAUAUCUUGGAAGAUUACUUGAAGAACCUUUGGUAGCAGCCUAUUGUGUAACAGAACCAGGUGCUGGGUCUGAUGUAGCAGGUGUUAAAACAAAAGCUGUGAAAAAAGGAAAUGAAUGGAUUUUGAAUGGAACCAAGAUGUGGAUUACCAAUGGAGGUGUUGCCAAUUGGUACUUUGUCUUAGCAAGGACUAAUCCUGAUCCAAAAACUCCAGCCAGUAAAGCUUUUACUGCUUUCAUUGUAGAACGCGAAUGGCCAGGUGUAACUCCUGGUCGAAAAGAAAUCAAUAUGGGUCAACGAGCUUCUGAUACUCGUAUGGUUACUUUUGAAGAUGUUAGAAUCCCAGAAGAAAAUGUAUUGCUUGGAGAAGGUGCUGGCUUCAAAGUUGCUAUGGGAACUUUCGAUAAAACUAGACCUGCGGUUGCUUGUGGAGCUGUUGGUUUGGCUCACCGAGCUUUGGAUGAAGCUACAAAAUAUGCCAUGGAACGAAAAGCAUUUGGUAAGCCAAUUGCUGAACAUCAAGCAGUAGCAUUCAUGCUCGCCGACAUGGCAAUCGGUGUUGAGACUGCAAGACUUGCAUGGAUGAAAUCGGCAUGGGCACUCGAUAAUAAAGAUCCACAAGGAACUAUGCUUGCUAGUAUUGCUAAGUGUUAUGCCGCCGAUGUAGCCAACAAAUGUGCGACUGAUGCUGUUCAGAUCUUCGGUGGUGCUGGUUUCAACAGUGAAUAUCCUGUCGAAAAACUAAUGAGAGACGCUAAAAUUUAUCAGAUUUACGAAGGAACAGCGCAAAUUCAAAGACUCAUCAUUUCCAGGCAAAUUUUUGCUAAUGCUAAACAAGGAGGCGUUUAAUUGUAUAUAGUAAUUUUUUAAACAACUUUUUAGUAAAUCCCUGUUGAAAACAGAAACUAGAGUUAAUGCAUAUCAAAUUCGACUUACUAAUAUAUUUUUAUAUUUAUACCAGAUUUUUAAAGUUUAUACAUUUUAUAAACAACUAUACUUUUAUAUAAAAAUGCUAAGGUCUGGGUUUUCGUACCGUUUCUAAAAUAUAUAUAUAUAUAUAUAUAUAUAUAUUGUUAUUGUU